AUGGGACAGUCCACCAUAGCGACCGGGUGCGGGGUUUCGGGUCUCCGGGGCACUCGUGCAUCAGCGAAGAACACCCUUCGUGCCCGGGGCGAAAGGAAAAGAAGACGACACAUUAUCAUCUUACCGCUCCUGCGCCCGGGGAACGUCGCCAUCCCGAGGGUCCCUGGCCCGCGUCUUCUGUCCUCCUGCCGGAACCACGCCCGUAUCGAUCAAUCCACGAGGGGGCCAACCGACUCUAACACCAUCUUGGAGGAUGGGGGUAUGUCGGUGGCUAAAGCAGGACGCCGCGCCACUCGGGUUUUUGGCCCACUCGCCCUCUUUGGACGGAGGCGGAUGGGCCAAAUCUACUCCCUGAUCACGCCCAAUGUCCUGCGGGUGGAGAGUGAAGAGAAGGUCGUGGUGGAAGCCCAUGGCCUCAAUGCCCCAAUCACGGUUACAGUCACUGUGCACGACUUCCCGCAUAAGAAAUACAUCUUAUACCAGGUCCGAACCAACCUCAACCCUGUGAAUGGGAUGAUGGGCACAGCCAUAAUAAAGGUCCGGCUAGAGCUGCUGUACAACUCAGUUUUCUGCAGCGCAUCCACUUCCAAGGCUAAAUACCGGCAGAUCCUUGACAUCAAAGCCAAGUCCUCCCUGGCCGUGCCAUUAGUGAUUGUCCCGUUGCAGCUGGGAUCUCACGACAUUGAGGUCAAGGCAGCGAUGUGGGGCAGUUUUGUGUCUGAUGGUGUGAAGAAGAAACUGAAGGUUGUGCCUGAAGGGAUGAGGAUGACCAAAACAAUUACAUCUGUCAUAUUGGAUCCAUCUGCGAAAGGAGCAGGGGGAGUCCAGGAAGUGAGGGUGAAAGCGGCAGAUAUAGAUGACAUUGUUCCAGACACAGAAUCGGAGACCAAAGUCAGAAUCCAAGGAAACCCCGUGAAAAUCAUUGUCGAAAACUCCAUCGACGGGGCCAACCUGAAGCACCUCAUUGUGACGCCAUCUGGCUCCGGGGAAGAGAACAUGAUCGGCAUGACCCCCCCCGUCAUCGCCACCAUCUACCUGGACAGCACCAAGCAGUGGGGAAGGAUCGGAGUGGAGCGCAGGGCAGAAUCCAUCAGGUUGAUCACGCAAGGUUACACGCAGCAGAUGGUUUACAAAAAACCCGACUUCUCAUACGCCGCUUACAAAGACCGGCCAGCAAGCACUUGGCUGACGGCGUACGUGGCAAAGGUCUUUGCCAUGGCUAAGAAACUGGUGUCCAUUGAAAACCAAGUUAUCUGUGGGGCGGUGAAAUGGCUGAUCCUGGAAAAGCAGAAACUGGAUGGCAUCUUCCAAGAAGAUGCCCCCGUAAUCCACGGAGAGAUGGUUGGAGGGUACAAGGGUGCUGAGCCUGAUGUCUCUUUAACAGCUUUCGUGCUGGUUGCAUUGGAAGAGGCCAAGGACAUCUGCAAGGAUCAAGCCAAUAGUUUGGAAGGCAGCAUCAGCAAAGCCGCUGACUACUUAGCCCAAAGGUACCAGUCUCUAACCAGACCUUACACUGUGGCUCUUGCUUCCUAUGCCUUAGCGAUGGUGGGGAAACUGAACACUGAGACGGUGCUCAUGAGAGCUUCGAAAGAGGGAAAUCGCUGGGAAGAGCCAAACGCCCGCACCUUCAACAUUGAGGGCACCUCGUACGCCUUGCUGGCCUUGCUGAAAAUGAAGAAGUAUGAGUUGACCGGUCCCAUAGUCAAAUGGCUGAGAGAGCAGAACUACUACGGAGGGGGAUAUGGAUCUACCCAAGCUACCAUCAUGGUGUUCCAGGCUCUUGCGCAGUACCAGAUAGACAUUCCGCAGCACAAAGACCUGAAUUUGGACGUUUCUAUUCUCCUGCGGCACCAUGCUAGUCCGAUAAAGUACAGAAUCUUAAAUCACAACGCUCUGGUGGCCAGAACAGCAGAGACCAAAUGGAAUGAAGACUUCACUGUGAAGGCAGAAGGAACUGGACAAGCGACCUUAACCGUAAUGAUAAUUUAUAACGCAAAGCUACGGGAGGAUGAAUCUCAGUGUAAGAAGUUUGACCUGAGGGUAUCGGUCGAAGAAGCCCGGGGUGUUAAGAAGCCGGAAGGAGCAAUGCGUUCAGUCUAUAUUAAAAUCUGCAUCAGGUUCCUCGGUGUGGUUGAUGCCACAAUGUCCAUCAUCGAUGUCUCCAUGCUCACUGGCUUCUCACCAGACGUGGAGGAUCUUAAGAGACUUUCCCAAGGGGUCGACAGAUACAUUUCCAAGUUUGAAAUCGACAAAGCCCUGUCCGACAGAGGCAACCUCAUGAUCUACCUGGACAAGGUUUCGCACAGAGAGGAUGAAUGCCUGCAGUUUAAAGCUCACCAGUUUUUCGAAGUUGGUCUCAUUCAGCCGGCAUCCGUCACAGUCUAUGACUAUUACACCAUAGAUGACCGGUGCACUAAGUUCUACCACCCGUCUAAGCAGAGCGGGCUCUUCAAUAAGCUCUGUCACGGGGAAGUCUGCCGGUGUGCAGAAAAAAACUGCUUCAUGCAGCAGAAGAUAGAGGGUCCCAUCACCCUGAACAAACGAAUGGAGGAAGCCUGCGAACCUGGAGUGGAUUAUGUGUAUAAAACCAAGCUUGUUAGAACUGAAGAAGUGGGCAGUUCUGACUACUACAUCAUGGAAAUUUUGGAAAUCAUUAAAGUAGGGACUGAUGAAAAUCCACAAGGAAAAACCCGCCCAUUCAUCAGCCACAUAAAAUGCAGGGAGUCUCUGAGGCUGGAGCGUAACAAAGACUACUUGAUCUGGGGACUCAGCACCGACUUGUGGCCCAGGAAAGCUGAGCUAGCCUACGUCAUUGGCAAGGACACCUGGAUCGAGAAGUGGCCCAACGAGGAUGAAUGCCAGGAGCCGGAUUUCCAGAAUGUCUGCCAGGAAUUCCUUGAGUUCUCUGAAGCCAUGACCAUGUUUGGCUGCCCAACCUAAACUUGGACCCAGCUUUCCCAGCGGCCCCAAUGGGACAGUGUGAGCUGAGACGGAGUGUUACACUCAGGUGGAGACAUCUCCACUCAGAGUCCCAAUGCUGCUGACUCUCGCCACUAGCCCUGUCCUCUUGGGGGUUUCGCUCUCUUCUCUUCUUGUUCUUUCUAUAUAUAUAAACGGCUGAUUUCUUA